AUGGGAAACUCUCAGACGAAGAAACCGCCUCCGGUGGUACUUGUACCACCUCUCUUUGAUUACCCUCCUCUCUCAGCUCGUAACAGGAUGUCGGAAUCAUCAUACAAUGUGCUGUUUGGGAAGCUUGCAUUGAAAUGUCUCUUUGAGGAUUACUUUGAAGUUAAAGACGCAGAUAACUUUUCUGCAAAGUUCAUGUUGAAGCCUACUGAUGACCCUCAUGUGGACUUGGUUGCAUCUGUUUCAUCCGCUCUAGAUGGUAAAGUAGAAGGAGAUGCAUCGUUUCGGUGGCAAAGUGAUGUUGAUGAUCCUCAUACUUUUGUAGACCUCUCUGUGUCGACCACCAAUCCGCUUCUACUGUUAAGGUCGUCUGCUUACUUUCCUAAGUAUGGGGUUGGGGCAUUUGUAGUCUCCCCUUUGAUUUCAAAAAAGAAUGACAAGUUAUCUGACGAACAUGGAAUCAUGGGGUUGAGAUAUGGCUCAACGAAUUUGUCUCUCGGAGCUAGUUUCUCUCCUUUUAGUACAAAGGAAGAAUGGCCAAAGAAUGCAUGGCUUGUAAGAAAGAUGGGAAGGUUUACACUAGGAAUGCAAUAUGAGCCGUUAGAUAAAAACAAAGACACCGCAAAAUACAAAGAUCUAAGGAACUGGAGUUGUGCGGCUAGCUAUGGAAUAGGUUCAAGAAGCCCCUUAAGCCCUUCGUUCAACGUUGGCCUUGAAUUAGCGAGGAACUCUCAGUUUAUUGUUUCGUUCUACCAACAUUUAGUGGUCCAAAGGCAGGUGAAAAAUCCUUUUGAAGAAGACGAAGUUGUGGGAAUCACAAACUACAUUGACUUAGGUUUUGAGCUACAAACAAGGGUUGAUGAUUCCAACACAUCAAACACUCUCUCGGAUUCUUCUCUGCAGAUGGCUGCGUCUUGGCAGGCUAAUAAGAACUUCUUGCUGAAGGGUAAAGUCGGAGCUCUAAGCUCAACAUUCACAUUAGCAUUCAAGUCGUGGUGGAAACCGUCUUUCACAUUCAAUAUUUCAGCGAAUAAUAAUCGUCGGACUGGAAGAACAGCAUUUGGGUUCGGUCUCCGAGUUGAUAACUUAAGAGAAGCCAGUUACCAAAGAGCUGAUCCAAACUUUGUAAUGCUGACACCAAACAAAGAACAUCUCGCUGAUGGGAAUGUGUGGAAAAUGGAGAAGAGACCAAUGCUUCAAUCCGAUUUAGACGCAGAGAAUUUUAGUGAGCUCCCAAAAGAACUUAGACCUCCCCAGAUGAUUCUCUAA